UGGUUAAAAAGCCUGGCCUUGGAACCCGCCAUUUUCUGUGGGGGCAGGCGGGAAAGGCGGGAAGUCGGCGAGGAGGCAGCGCGAGCGCGGCCGCGACACGACUCACGGCGCCCAACGGUCGCAGAAGCGCGAGGCGGACGAGCUGAGCAGACGUCUUGCAUCCUGAGAAACUUCCAGAAUGGCCCGUACCAAGCAGACUGCCCGUAAAUCCACUGGUGGGAAAGCGCCACGAAAGCAGCUGGCCACGAAAGCUGCUCGAAAAAGUGCACCAUCGACCGGUGGAGUGAAAAAACCUCACCGUUACAGGCCUGGCACUGUGGCCCUGCGAGAAAUCCGGCGGUAUCAAAAAUCCACAGAGUUGCUGAUCCGGAAGCUGCCCUUCCAGCGCCUGGUCCGUGAAAUUGCUCAGGAUUUCAAGACGGACUUGCGGUUCCAGAGUGCCGCCAUCGGGGCUUUGCAGGAAGCCAGCGAGGCCUACCUCGUGGGCCUGUUUGAGGAUACCAACUUGUGUGCCAUCCAUGCCAAGCGGGUCACUAUAAUGCCAAAAGACAUACAGCUGGCCCGCCGCAUCCGGGGUGAACGUGCUUAAGUUCCCGCUCCCCUUCCAACACUUAAACCCCCUUUUCUUGGCAGCCCUACCCUGCUUGUGUAUUAGAAUACACUCCAGGUUUUCCUUCUCCCCCUCCCCUCUCUUUCUCUCUCUCUCUCUCUCUCUUGCCCUCUCCCCCCCAACCCCCCAAAUAUUCCUGUUUGUAGUAGCUAGGACAUGUGAAGAAAUGUUAGAUAAUCUAUCAUAGUAGCUCUCCAAGGUUCAGGAGGUCUGAUUGCUGUUCAUCAUGUACAAGCAAAAAAAAAAAAAAAUCCAGAAAGAAAUCAAAACCUUUGAAAUCUGCAAGACGUCUGGAUAAUGUUCUUUUGUAAAACUUUUUUGUUUGUUUCCAGAAUUGCAAAAAAAAAUACAGAAGAAAAAAAAAAGAAAAAAAAAUCCGAACCCAACAAAGGGGGGACACUUUUGAAACGAUCCGGUUUUAUAUACGAAACUUUAAAAAAAAAUAUAUAGGGAGUAGGCGUUUCAAGCGAUAUAAAGAGGGUUUUUUUUUUUUUUGGUCUUGAGUUUGUAGAAAGUGUUUUUGCAAAACACUAUACACACUUUUUGUUUUACCGUGUGGAGUUUUUGUUUUUUCCCUUCUUUGUAUUUAGACAAGGAGUGCUUUCUUUUAAUUUUUUUCCUCUUUUCCAUUUGUCUUGUGUCUGUGACUCUUAACCUUUGUAUCAAUAGGGAACCACCUUGAAGACAGUAAGGAAACAAAAUAAAUGUUGAAUGAAAA